GCGAGUUUUGUUUUCGUAGAAGUAGCUAACUAGCCAGCUAGCUAACGUGUAAACACUUCUUUACCACUUUAUGUCGCAGUGGUUUGUUGUAUAAAGUUUAUCGAACGUUUUCAUCGAGACAUGAAAGUCAAGACCUUCUUCCGCUGUCAUGGCGACAACCUAUAGUCACCUGGAAUGGAAUCUCCGCCGAACAUGUAUGACACCUUCAAGGAUGAGAUCUGGAAAGAGCUGGGACCACUGGACCCCGACUGGUUUCAAGUCCUGUCAGCAGAAACGUCCACCAGUGAGGGAAAUGUGUCUGAUCAAGACGACCUCUGCGCUAACCAAGAGGGGAACUUCAAAGCACCCUGCGACAAAACUGCACUGGACAGUCAGCUGUUUUCAACCCCCAAAGUUUUCAGACACAGUCGAGUUGUGUCACCUGAAACUGAGGGUGAGCAGUCAUUUACUGCUGAACAAGCUAAAGAAGCACGGCCAUGGAACGAAUCACAAAGUCCAUGUUUGUUUCAGAUGACAAAGGAGAGGGUCCCUGGAGCAAAAUGUGGAGGAAUCCAGCCUCAGAGUCUGGGAAGUUUUGAUUUUCUUCAGACCUCACCAAAAUCCCCAGUUAGCUAUGCCAAGCAAAUAUCUGAAAGUCUCGGUGCACAGAUUCAUCCUGACAUAUCGUGGACGAGUUCUCUGAACACCCCACCAGCUGUGCCAUCCACUCUGAUUUUAUCUAAAACUGAUGAGAGUCCCUGUUCAAUGAGUAUUUCUGCAGACAAUGUUGUUUUUGUACGGAAGCUUUUUCCUUCUCUUUCAAACAAAUACGUAGCUGCAGCAGUUUCACCCAAAAACAACGACGUGCUGGCUCACGGAGGUGUCGUUUCCCCUGAGGCUGGUCAGAAUCCUGAGUCCCAUAACUCCCCCCAGGAUUCACUGAAUCUAAGUCAGAGUGUUUGGAGACAGAAGCUCCCGGACGCUAUUGAGGAUGGAGAUGUACGCAGCACUAUAGCAAGUGUUCUUGAUGGAGCUGAAAAUGUUCUUUCCAUGUUUUUCUCCAACAGUAGUUCAGCCCUGAGAAAAGUGAAAACUGACAGAAUCAAGAGAAAACAAAUCAUUCCGACAAAAAAACGUGGCUGCAGCUUUACAGACAUCUCAACUACUAAAAACGCUGCAGCAGUGGAACAGAGUACAGAUGAUUGGGAACCUGUCAAAGUUUCCUCACCCCCACCACCGAAAAGUAGAGAUACUGGAAUCACCCAGUGGUCUCCAUUGAGUUUAUCUGAAAUUCCUGCCUCUUCAUGCAGGGAUAAUUGUCAUGCUACACAAGUAGACAAAAAAACUAUACUAGAACAAAUGCGGAGCAACUCUGAUUCUGGCCAGCUCACCAGGCCACAUUUGACAGGCUCAUACUAUGGAUUUACAAAGAAAAAGAGACAAUUUGUUUACACCAUUGAGACUCCAAAAAUACAAACUCAACGAAACGAAACACCGUCUCUGAAGAAUGACACCUCCCCCAGGAUUCCAGAUUCUGGGUACAAAGUGAGUUCCAAGCUGUUGGGGGAAUUCCAAGAUGAAGCAGACUGUUACAGAAUCAAGGAGGAUGAGAAACAGAAAAAUGUCACAGAAGAAAACAUACCUCUUCCUGUUCAACCAAAAUCCCAGGAUCUUGACAUGUCCCAGCUCUGCAGAGAUUUUGCACAAGACUUCAGUCAAAUGUUAGACCCCGGGAAACCAAGUGAAGUAGCACAGGAUACUCCUCAAAAUGGCUUCUCUCCAUCAACUUGUCUGAACGCCAUGAAGCAAGCCAAGCAUAGAGCAAGGCAAGUUAACUGUAACAAUGACUGUGAUCACACCACUGACAGAAGACCUGUUUCUGCCACCGUUCAAAAUUACUCCAUCAAUGAGGGCACAGGAGGUGACAGUGGAUUCCAGUCUGCUGUUGCAGAUAUCUCUCAUCUGACUUCAGCAUCGUUUAUUCUUCCCAGCUCAGUGAACAUUGCUCAAAGUCAACAAUGGACUGGUUUUAAAACUGAUACCCAAAGAGCUGCUUCUUCCCUAUCUACAAAUGUAAAAUAUCAUUCAGAUGAUAUUUUAGGAGCUGAAAUGGAUGCCAAGCUGCCUAGUGCAGUCAAGGAAAGCCAGAUACUGGGAGGGAGUGAGUUACACAUAAAGAGCACAUCAACCGAACUGCCCAGUGGUGCAAAAGAAGGUGUUAAUAACAUCAAUUACUCUUCAGUCAAGUGUCCAAGUAAUGACAGUUUUCCAGAGAGAGCAACAGUGUCUCUUCCUUCCAUCAAUGCAUCAGGAUUCAAAACUGCUUCAAAUAAGGCUAUUGAAAUUUCCUCAGCCCACCUGGAGAGAGCCAAGCAUCUGUUUGAAGAAAACAAAGCUGAAAGGACUUUUAGUGCAGAGCCGACCAAAAGAGCCAAUGACACUGAAGAAGAAAUUAGCAUCAGUAUGGAUUCUGUGAAAAAUACAAUCUCUGACUCAAAGCAGCCACCAUCUUCGAGUGACAAAUUUGGGGACAUUAGUUGUCAGCUAACAGCGUCACAAAAAGCUGAUGUGACAGAGCUGUGCACUCUUCUGGAAGAAGCAGAUAGCCAGUUUGAAUUUACACAGUACAAAACUGCAAAGCUACAGCAGCAUUGUCAAGAUAACGCCACCUCCCUCCAAAAAGUUGACAAAGAACUUGACCCUGAUUUUCUUAUGGGUAUUGAUUUUGAUGACAGCUUUAGUUCCGAUGCUGAAAAGCAUAAAAUGUCAUCAGUUUCAGACGGUAAGACAAACUGUGAGGCAUCAAAUCUGACAAAUAAAUCCACACUGACAAAAGAAAAUCCCUCUACUGAAGAUGCGCCUCCCUCUUCAAAGAGCAUCUCUGAAGGCAGGUGCUGUAUUGUGUCAGCUGAACCCCAAAAUCCUAACAGAGCUGGGUACACUGAGACAAGCGAGCAGGAGAACAAAACCCCUUUGAUGCUCGACGUAGGAUUCAAAACUGCGAGAGGAAAUGAUUUGAGCAUUUCAAAAGAACGUAUGAGCAAAGCCAGGGCUCUGUUUGCAGGUUUAGAGGAAAAUCUGACUGAUCAGAAGUCAGCAGACAAGCAAAGCAGUGAUGCUGUUGCUCAAACCAAGCAGCGACAGGUCAUGAGCAUUACACAUAAAAAUGCUGCAGAAAGUUUUAGUAACAGCAAAAUGGACGCAGCUUCGUUUCAAAGUGGAUUCCAAUUGGCUAGUGGGAAGGGAGUUCCUAUUUCAGCAAAAGCUAUGCAAGAGGCAGAUGCUCUCUUCAAAGACUGCGACGAUAAAUCUGGUGCGCCUGUAAAACACCAAGAGAACACAGAACAGUUGCCUACAUUCGUCUGUCACACGAAAAACCAUUUGAAAUUUAAAGGUGUCCGAGGACGUAAAGAGAACUUUUCUGAAGAAGCAUUUGGUGAAUGUUCAAAAGCGACUGCUAGGCCAGCUGCCAGUCAUACAAAGGUUGUACAGCACAAUGUGGAGAUUCAAAGUAUUACUUGUAAGAAUACACCAUCUGUAACCAAUGCAAUUUCUUCCCGUGAAAACCUUUCUUCAACUGUAAAAGUAUUUUCUUCUCCCUCAUGUUCAACAUCAAAGAGUUCUGGCUCCUCUGGAAUGAAUCAGUUGAACAAUGGAGGUGGAUUCUGUACAGCCAGCGGGAAGAAAGUCUCCGUGUCGGCUGAUGCAGUGAAAAAGGCAGAGCGUCUUUUCAAUGAAAUCCAAACACCUGGGGACACAAACAAACAACUGAAAGAGGAAGGAGAUGCUUUAGGAGCAGCACAUGUGGCCGAUCAAAUUCAAGUUGGACCAAUUCAAAAUGGUGGAUUUCAGACAGCCAGCGGCAAAGGAGUUGUCUUUUCAGUUGCAGCUCUCAAGAAAGCAAAAUCACUGUUCAGUCAAUGUGAAGCAGUUGAGGAUGAAAUCGAUGUAAAACCAACUCAUUCCAAGAUGCCGGUUCGUGGUCUUGCAUCCAGGACAAGUGGAUUUCUUGCAGCCGGUGGCAAACCUUUGGGACUUUCAGCUGAGGCCCUCCAGAAGGCAAAAGCUCUUUUCAGUGACAUCACUAUCACUUCAGAGCUCCUGGCUGUUUCAGACACAAAGAAGAGUAACAACAGUCAAGGUAACACUGAAAAUCCAGACAAAGCACAUGGUGGUUUCAUGACUGCAGGGGGAGCAACAGUGUGCUUGUUUCAGAAAAAAAAGUUCAAAGCAAAAAACCUUUUGAAAGAAUAUGACAAUUGUUCUUAUUCUGAAAAAACAGUACAAGAAGCAGAUACUUUCCGUGACAUUAGGGACAGAAACAAUGGAACAACAGUUAAGUAUGACAGCGGUGAAGCACCUGUGAGUGGAGGUGGCAGUGAGAAGAAACAACUUUCAAAAUUUAAACAAGAUCAGAGGCCGACAAACACUUCUGAAGAGCGUGGACCAGUGGGACCAGAUGUAAAUGAGAAAAAUGUACUGCAUCAUGAUGAUGGGAAGAUAUUUGAAGAUUUGACCAAUGGAAACCCAUCAAAGCAACUUUCUUCCCCGUUGUGCACAACAUCAGAGAAAACUGAUUCCUCUGCCUUCAGUAAAUUUAGCAACAGUGGUGGGUUCUGUACAGCCAGUGGGAAAAAAGUGUGUGUGUCAGAUGAUGCAAUGACAAAAGCAAUGUCACUAUUAAAUGAAAGUGCUUUCUUUACGGAUACAAAACUAAAAGAAGAAGAUGGGACACCUCAGAGUAGUGGAAAAGGAGUUGCUCUCUCAGCCCAGAAGAAAGAAAAAGAUACCAAGUUGCCAGUUUCUUGUUCACCACUGAGGAAAGAUGGAUUUCUUGCAACCAGUGGUAAACCGUUGGCGUUUUCAUAUGAAGCCCUCCGAAAGGCAAAAAACCUCUUCAGUGACAUCGAUUUCAGUGCAGAAGUCUCGACUGUUUCAGACACAAGAAAGAGUGACAAACACAAAGAGGCUCAAAAUAAUGCAGGAAAAAUAAGUUGUGGUUCCUCAACUGCAGGGGGAGGUAAAGUCCAUGUGUCACAGAAAAAUCUUCUGAAAGCAAAGACCCUUUUGAAAGAUUUUGCAGAUGAAGAGACUCAUCCCUCAGAUUCAUCCUUCACAAGCCCACGUGCCACCUGCAAGUCAGAUCUAUCAAAAAUUAAAAAUAUGGGGAAAAGUACAAAUUCUGCUCUCACCACAGCGAGUGACAAGGACAUGUCGGCUAAGGAAAGUGCCCCUGAAGUCGUUGAAUCUUUUCCGUCUGUGGUGACUGAACCUGAAAAUGAAACUGAUUGCCUUUCUGUCAGAGAAAAUGCCCUUAGAAGUGCAUCUGAGGUAAAGGAAGGCAAAAUGUCCACAUCAUGGGAGGGCAAACUCCACAACACUCUUGGAAAGGAAACAAUAAACAUGUUGGGUUGUGAAGUUAACCAUACAAACUGCAGUGAAGGGCCCAAGUCCAAAAAGCCGCAGGAGCCCUCAUUUCUAAUAUUUCCAUUUUCACUUAACCUCAGUGGCUGCUCUGAGACCCAACAGAGGUUUCUGGCUCAGGAAGCUCUCGACUGCACUAAAGCUUUGUUAGAGGAUGAAAGUCUCUCAGUCACAUCAGGAAAUGAGCCAGUGCAAGAUAACCAAGAAUCCAAAGCCACAUCUGCAGAGGAACAAAAAGGAAGAGGAAAAAGAUUGGGAGACGAUGCAGAAAUGACUGGUCAGCCUCCCCUGAAAAGACGAUUACUGGAAGAAUUCGAUCGGACUGUUGUUGGUCCGAGAGGUUCAACACUACAUCCACAAAAAACUUGUCCAGAGAGUGUAAUGAAAGACAGGAGAGCUUUCAAGUUUCAAGCAUCUCCUCAUCCAAAUAUCACAAAGCCACACAGGAAUGGAAGAAACUAUGUGGAAACCAAACUGCAAAACACAACACCAACACAACAUAGUACCUCAGGAGGCAGCAGAUCAGCACAUUCAAAGAUGCCCGCGUUUGUUCCUCCUUUCCUCAAGAACACAGAGACCUGCAAGAAUGCAGUCCUCAAAGUCAACAUGCGAACACCUCCAGAAUUUGUUCCUCCUUUCAAAAAACAAAGAACUAUUGUCCAAGAGAGCUCCUGUAAACCACAGCAGGAGGAUAAACACCAGCAUCUCUUUGUUAGACCUGCUAACAGCAGCACUUACUUACCACCCACUAAAAAAACACAAAGCAGUACAGAUGUAGCUGGUGAUAAAAGCAAAGAAGAUAUUCCACAGGUGCCCUUGGCUGACACAAAGCAUGAUUAUCUGACUAAUAAUCACCAUGUUCCUGUUGGCUGUGGUUCAGAGGACUCUGCUGCAAAGGCAACACGUGAGGACGACACAAUUUCCAGAGGCCAAGAAGCGUUUCAGAAUCUUGAAAAUGUGGAAUUGGCACGGGAUAUGCAAGACAUGAGAAUCAGGAAAAAGAAGCGCCAGAAGAUUCGACCUUUGCCGGGCAGUUUGUUUCUGACGAAAACCUCGGGUGUUUCAAGGAUCCCAUUAAAAGCUGCUGCAAAUGGAAAGCUCCCUGCGAGAUUCACCUCAAAACAGCUGUACGGAUAUGGAGUCCAUCAACAUGUGUCUGACAUCCGCAGCGAGACUGCUGAGGCUUUUCGCUUCAAUUUGCAUCAGUUCCUGAAACUGGAAGCUCUUAGAGACGGGGGAGGCGUUCAGCUGGCGGAUGGAGGAUGGCUAAUCCCCAGCAAUGAUGGGACUGCAGGAAAAGAAGAGUUUUAUAAAGCACUAUGUGACACUCCAGGUGUGGAUCCUAAACUGAUGAGUGAGGAGUGGGUGUACAAUCACUUCAGGUGGAUUGUGUGGAAACAAGCCUCCAUGGAAAGAUCUUUUCCAGAAACGACGGGCGGCCUCUGUCUCACACCACAGCAGGUUCUCCUUCAGCUCAAGUACAGAUAUGAUGUAGAGAUCGACCACAGCCGUAGACCCGCUCUGAGAAAGAUCAUGGAAAAGGACGACACAUCAGCCAAGACCCUGGUUCUCUGUGUUUGCGGGGUCGGCUCCAGGGGUCACUCCUCGAUCGGACCGAGUGGCAGUGACACCAAGACUCCACAAGGGGCAGAUGCCAAGGUUGAACACCCAUCUGCAGUAGUUUGGCUGACAGAUGGAUGGUACGCCAUUAAAGCUCAGCUGGAUGAACCUUUGACUGCCAUGCUUCACAAAGGUCGACUGGCUGUCGGUGGGAAACUGAUCGUCUACGGGGCUCAGCUGGUGGGAUCACAAGAUGCUUGUUCCCCUCUGGAGGCGCCUGAAUCUCUCAUGUUAAAGAUUGGUGCCAACAGCACCAGACCUGCACGGUGGGAUACUAAGCUGGGAUUUCACAGAGAUCCACGGCCGUUCCUGCUGCCUGUAUCGAGUUUGUACAGCAAUGGAGGGCCAGUAGGAUGUGUGGACAUUACCAUACUGAGAAGCUACCCCAUACAGUGGAUGGAGAGGAAACCAGAUGCUGGCGUUGUGUUUCGUUCUGUUCGUGCAGAAGAGAAGGAGGCGAGGCGACACAGCAGCCAAAAACAGAAGUCCAUGGAGAUUCUUUUUGCCAAAAUUCAAACAGAAUUUGAAAAAGAGCAGAGAGGUAACAACAAACCUCAACGCAGAAGACGCACAUUUAAUCGCCAGGAUAUUGCAAAUCUGCAAGAUGGAGAGGAGCUAUAUGAAGCAGUGGAGGAUGAUCCAGCUUACUUGGAGGCUCAUUUGAGUGAUCAACAGUUGGAGACUGUUCAAACCUACAGACGCUCUCUGAUGGAGAAGAAACAGGCUGAGUUACAGGAUCGAUACCGUCGUGCUCUAGAAGGAGAGAGCGGUGACGGGACCUGUCCCAAACGGGACGUCACACCUGUGUGGAGACUCUGCAUUUCUGACUCUAGGGACGAGACGGGCAUUUACCAGUUGAAUCUUUGGAGACCUUCCUCAGAUCUUCAGGCUUUACUGAAAGAAGGCUGUCGAUACAAAGUUUAUAACCUCACCACUUCAGAGGGAAAGAAACGCAGCGGAAUGGAAACGGUUCAACUCACUGGUACAAAGAAAACACAGUUUCAGGACCUGGAGGCCCAGGAAUGGUUAUCAGCAAUUUUUCAACCGAGGGUUUCUACCAGUUUCGUGAAUCUUCAAAACCUAGAAUUCCAGCCGCUGUGUGGAGAGGUUGAUCUCACAGGAUAUAUCAUCAGUAUCAUAGAUGGACAAGGAUCCUCUCCGGCGUUUUAUUUGGCUGAUGGAGAACUGAACUUUGUUAAAGUGCGGUGUUUCAGCAGCUUUGCUCUGUCUGGCCUGGAGGAUGUUGUAAAACCACGUGUGCUGUUGGCUCUGAGCAACCUGCAGCUGAGAGGUCAGUCCCUGGCUCCCACUCCUGUUGUCUACGCUGGAGAUCUGACCGUCUUCUCCACGAACCCCAAGGAGGUUCAUCUACAGGAAUCCCUCAGCCAACUCAGAAACCUGCUGCAGGAUCAGCAGAACUUCUUCCUAACUGCUGAGGAGAAACUUUUAAAUUUACUCAAGUCCGAUGGCCUGAGUUCCAUCUCUUCUCCAGCUCUCCACCCUCGAACCCCAGCUUGUGCAACUGACAGAAGACAAGACGCCAAGACAAGCCUGAUCGCUCAGCAGCCAAUCAGAAGCUUUGGAUCCUUCACACCUGUCAGCAAGAAUCCAUCUGCACCAACGUCUUUAACAGAGAAAGACCCCAAAAGCCUGAAGAGGAGAAGAGCUCUGGACUAUCUGUGUCGUAUCCCGUCUCCACCGGCACUCUUUCAUCUGGGCUCGGUGGCUUCUCCGUGUGUGAAGAAGACGUUCAACCCUCCUCGGAGGUCUGGGACACCAAGCACUUUAAUAACAGAACAGACUCCAGCUCGCAAACCUGUCGUCUCACCAAAGGAAGAUGAAUGGGUGAAUGACGAGGAGCUGGCGAUGAUUGAUACUCAGAAGUUGUGUGUUGGUGAUUUAAUGUAGAUACAUAAGACUGUAUGAUGAUGAGGACGCUACAACUCUGGGAAAAACUGUACAAAUGUGAAUGUAAAGGCUAACGGAUGUAUAUGGUUCAUAUUCUGUGGGAUGUUUUGUCUCACAGGACUUAAUUAAAAGUAUAAAACGGUAAAA